CUACACAUGCGCAUGCGUCAGCGGAUGGAGGGACGGGAACGCGUUGUGCGAACACGUUGAAGUGGACCGGUGACUGCGUUGGACAGUCCCCCGCAUACUGUCUGUCGGAGGAGGCAUCAUGGUGGUUGUACAUGUCUUGUUGUCUGCCCCGUUGUGUCUGUGUGAGGGAUGAGCGUCCAUGCUCGUAUCGGGGCUUUUGUGGGCGCCUCCCACUCCGCGCGCAGACUGAGGCAGACGCCUAUUUCUCAAAUCCGCAAACUGGAUGUCAGAAAGCCAAGCAGCCAUCGAUGGAAGACAUACCCCUUCUUUUAAUAAACUCAAACUAAGGAUUAUACAUUAACUAGUUUUCCACCGUCGACGAUUUUGGAUUCUUGCUCGUAUGGGAACAGUCUAAGAUGACCAACUGGAAGUGGUUAACCUCUGUUGUUUGUCAAAGCAUGACUUUCUGUUCCAAAGAAGUAAUGAAGACCAGGGGCCGGUUGCACCGGUUGUGUGUGAAGAUGCCUGGAAUCAAAACAGAUUUGUGAUAUUUGGGGGGUCAGUAGAAAUGAGUGAGAAAAAAGGAUAACAUCAUGCACUGUGCAGAGAUGAGAGGGCCACGGAGCAUAUGAAGAUGUCCCAGAAGGCAACUAAGACAUGGUGCCUCAGGCUGCUCCCAGUUGUCCUUUUCUUCAUCUCCUUUGCUACCUACUACUGUUCCUAUGCAUUCAUACAGAGCUAUGGCAGCACCAACAAGUCUUUGAACAGUAGCAAGUCAGUGUGUGGUGGCUGGCUAACGCAGAAGAAAUGGGAGAGCCUCAACUUUAACAUUAGCAGGCACACACAGCUUUUUCUGAAACUGGAGGAUUUCUUCUGGCGAGAGCAUUUAUCAAAGCUGGCAUUACCCUACGGCAUUAAGGGCAGUGAACUACUGUUACUAAAAGUUCUCGCCAUUAUUGCCAAUUAUAAAGUGCCAGCCAGUAUUGAAAACCUCGACUGCAGAACCUGCAUCGUAAUAGGAAAUGGCUUUGCCAUUAAAAACCGCUCCCUGGGAAGUAUUAUCAACAAGUAUGACGUGGUCAUUCGGUUGAAUAAUGCCCCAGUGAGAGGUUAUGAGGACGACGUGGGUAACAAGACCACCAUGAGGCUCUUCUACCCCGAGUCUGCCUCUUAUAACCCUGCCAUGCACAAUGACCCCAGCACACUCAUGGUCCUGGUGCCUUUCAAACAACAAGACCUACGGUGGCUGAAAGAGAUCCUCUACAACGAAAAGAGGGUGAGGAAAGGCUUUUGGAAGCCCCCUCCCCAGAUCUGGCUUGGUGACAUCAAUAACAUCAGAGUGUUGGACCCUCACUUUAUACACCAGACAGCAGAGAGACUGCUCCAGAUCCCUCUCCAUCCCAAGAACAAACAGCCGGUGCAUCCCACCACAGGUAUCUUAGCUGUGUUCAUGGCUCUCAACUACUGCGAUAUGGUCCAUGUUGCUGGCUUUGGAUACCCCACCUCCAAGAACCAAAAGCUUCCCAUUCAUUACUAUGGAUAUGACACCAUGAAAUCUAUGAAGGAUUCUUAUCAUGACCUGAGUCAUGAAGCUGAGGCCUUAAAAAGACUGGAAGAUUUGGGAGCCAUUUUUUACCUUCACCCACAUGCAUGACACACACACACACACACACACACACACACACACACACACACACACACACACACACACACACACACACACAGAGUUGAAAUCUGGCACAAACAUCGUUCAACAAAUCUGUCAAAUCUGUUGAUCUUAUUUCUUAUCUAUGCCUAAAUUGCAACAUUAAAUCUGAUUCAAAGUGUUCUGGGUCAUCUGAUUCAAAUCAAAAUUUUAUGUGCCUAUUUUGGGAUUUAAUUUAUUUUGCAACAUGAGCUUUAAUGACACAUGCCCUGUACAAUGGUCAACACUGAUUUUGAUGCAUACCAGAUGCCAAUUCACAAUAAAGUCACAAUUAGUUCACACUAGUGACAUUGGUCUAUCUAUGAAACAACCUUCACCCCUACCUCCUUGCCUUGGCAUCUUAUAUUAUCUAAAUCUGAAAGACAUGUAAAUGAUUGAGCUAGAUGGUUGAUAGUUGUCUUUAUGUGGUCAAGUGGGAUUACCUUUGUCACAGGGACUUUGAUGACUUUAUACUUUUGGAAUGUUAAUGUCUUUAAAGGACUUUGGAUGGUGACUCUCCGGGCCGUUGAGCAGGGGCCUGAUUUUAGUCAGUAAUGACUCAGUGCUACAAAGUGUUGCACCAUGGUGUAUGCUGGGCAUCAAGUACAUGCAAAUAGCGAGGUCCCCUUUGAGGUUCAUCAGAGCAAUUGGAUCCUCUCAUAGGCUCAACCCUAACAGUAGUGUGUGUGGUUUGCUUUUAUUUUACAGGGCUAUUUUCUCUCACGAUGACAUGAAUCAAAGGAAUCAUCUUUAGAUUGAG